UGAUGAUUGCUUUCCCUUUAGAUAGGCACAAACAUCCACCACAGGUAUGUAAAUGGACUGCCUUUUCUUCCAUCUUUUAGGGUUCCUGCUAAUCCAGCAUCUACCAAAGGUGUUGCUUGUGGUUUGAGAUCCGCCACGAAGACAAAAUCUUUAGAGGCGAUCGAACCUCGAAGAAUUUAUAAUCCUUCCCAAUUCAUUUUUUUGGGAGGUGUUGCAGUUGCAAAUGUUGCAAUCUUCAAGAGAAGGAGCUCUCACCAAGCAAGCUGCUGGCACCAACACUCCUCCUGCCACUGACAAGUUUCAACCAAGCUCUUCGAGGGCGAAUUGGUCGGUGCUCAAGAACCCUAGGAUUGUGCGUGUGUCACGCGCCUUCGGGGGCAAGGACCGGCACAGCAAGGUGAGAACCAUCAGAGGACUAAGAGACCGGCGUGUCCGUCUAUCGGUGCCGACGGCGAUCCAGUUGUAUGACCUUCAAGAUAAGCUAGGGUUUAACCAGCCCAGCAAAGUCGUGGACUGGCUUAUCAAUGCAGCUCAGCAUGAGAUCGACAAGCUUCCCCCCCUCGAGACGCUCCAAUUAGGGGACCCUCUGAUCUUCCCGCUGGUUCCACCAAUGGCAAACCCUCACACCUCGAACAUCAGCAGCACAUAUGAUCAUGAAUACCUCAACGAUCUGAGGAACAAGGAGAGAGAAGUGAAUUUGAGGGAGGCAAACCUAAAUUUAGGGCAUCAUGCUGCUACUGUUGGACUGGAUCACAACAGUGAGGUCGCCUACAAUCCCUACUUCCAAUUGGAGAAUAGCAGUGCCACAAAUAAUGGUUACCUUCCAAUAACUAUACUCGCUUCAUAUUUGGCUGCUGCAUCAAAUAAUCAUAGUGUGGAAGCAAAGCAGUAUGACCACCUCGCGAGCUCUUCAAAUGAUCAUGACUUCAGGAGCCUGCACAGGGACACUAGGGCUGAUGCUCAGGCUUCAAGAUCACACCAUCAAGGUCAGUGAUUGGUAAACAAUCAACUGAUGAAUUACAAGUGAUUGUGGAAGUGAAGUGAUCACGUAUAGGUAUAUCCAUUAUAUUUGGGAGAUAUAUAUAUAGCUAUACCUGUGAGAAAAUAUUGUAUUUGUUUCACAUAGAUAUAUUCCACCAAAAUGUUGCUUUCUCAUGUGUUUGAAUUAUUGGGAACUUAUCAAAAAUAUUAAUGUGUUCAUACAUGUAUACA